CUCUAUACUAGUUGACUGGGAACAGCCUUACUACUCACUAGGAAAUAGGAGUCACAGUCAGAAAAUCAGUUACAGUUUAACUUGGAAAGAAGCCAGCGGUCCGUGGCAGGAAGCAUGGCCGGCAAAUAAACUCCCUAAUUUAUCUGGAGUUCAGAAAUACGCUCUUACAGGCCUCAAAUGUGGUACAAAAUAUUCGCUUAGAAUCACCGCGACUAACAAAGUUGGAACUUCACAACCUGCAUACAUCGAUGUCAGUACAUUAGGUGGAGCGCCGAUUCCACCGUCAACGAACGAGUGGUUGUGGAGCAACUGCUCGCACAUGUUCGUGCAGCUGGCGGGGUGGGACGACGCCGGCUGCGAGCUGCGCUCCUGGGACCUCGAGUACCGCGCGCUCGGCGCCAGGAAUUGGAUAAGGGCUCAUAAUACACUGACAUAUACAAACCCCUCGUGGAGUGUAUACCAGUCCAACAGCCCGAGUUACCGCACCGGCUCGUUUGCGAUCAGCGACCUGUCGCCCGGUACCUGGUACCAGGUCCGCGUCACCGCCACAAACGAGGCAGGCAGUGUUACUACCACGUACAACUUCGCUACUAAGAAUGAAGAUGGCAGUGAAGUGGGACCACCUUCAGAAUUCUUUGAUAUAAAUAUGUUAGUCAUAGUCUGCAGCUCCAUAUUGCUGGCGCUCUGUCUUGUCAGUUGUGUUUAUAUAUUGGUGAAGAGACAAAGAGCGGGCAACCUGACCGAGUACCGCAAUUCAAUAACAGCGGACAAGUCCGGCAGCGGUGACGUCACAGCUAACACGUCACACAGCAACCUCGCCGGCAAGGAGCCGCCCGCCAGGAUAUACAGCGCACCCAUACAUAUGAGGAAUAAUAGUAAACACGAGUUGUACGAGAUAAGUCCGUACGCGCAGUUCGCGGUCGGCUUCCGGACAUUCGGUCACGUGGAGAAUCAGGACCUGCCGUGCAGACAGAACAAGCUGCGAUACGAUACUGAAACAAGUUUUCAAUUGUGUUCAGAAUCAGAAGACAGCGACAGUAUAUCGAAAUCUACUAUGAAGAGUAUGCCGAGAAAAAUCUGUAGAACACCACAUCAUAGGUAACUAAACUGAAACAUUCAUUUUAACUAAUUGAGGACCAUCGAUAACUGAAAAUAUAAUUAUUUUAUGUCAUUAUUCUAGUCUCUGUGCCAAAGAUUUAUUACUAAAUAUAAGAAGGUUAAACGAAUUUUACGUGAAAUGAUACACAAUUGUAUCUCGUUAACCCAAUUAAGCGUAAGUUAACUAUUAUUAGACCAUAGCUACAGUAUAAUCUCAAUAAUCCGGCACUUCGAUCGGCACGUUCAAUAAUCCGGCACCACACCUCCCUCGCACCCUCUAUAAGUGUGGGCUUCAGUCGCUGCGUCGACUAAAGCGUCGUCGUCGUCUAACCUCAAAACUAUUUUUUUAAAGAAUAGUUUUAAGUUAAAAUAUCAAAUAAACGCAAACACAAGACACUAGAAUUGAAUAAUAAAAUGUACUAUGACUUUUCACUAUAAUCCAGUAAUCCGAACAUUCCAAUAAUCCGGCAAUGCUUUUUAAUAGUGCCGGAUUAGUGAGAUUAUACUGUAUUUAUGUAAAAUGCAAUACACCUGCGCCUGUUAUUUAGAGAUUUCAUUACUGUUAAGUAAACGGAAUAUCUUCGGUAGCUCAGGAGUCAAGCACUUGACUUGGAAUCUGCAUGUCCUAGGUACGAA